AUCCAGCAGACUCGAAUGAACUUUCCAGCUAUGUUUUUCGAGCAGGCUGAUUUAAACUACAGCUUCAACAUGAGCGAGGAGGACCGCUUAACUCUUCUGAACGAGGACUGGAGCGACUCGCCGAUGGAGACGCUCUCUCGCGCGGGUUUCAUCGCGCUCUCCGUGUUCUUGGGAUUCAUCAUGACUUUCGGCUUUUUCAAUAACCUUAUAGUAUUAGUGCUCUUCUGUAAGUUUAAGACGCUGAGGACGCCGGUUAACAUGCUGCUUCUUAACAUCAGUGUCAGUGACAUGUUGGUGUGUAUGUUCGGGACGACCCUGAGCUUCGCGUCCAGCGUGCGGGGAAGGUGGCUACUCGGGCGGCACGGCUGCAUGUGGUACGGCUUCAUCAACUCCUGCUUCGGAAUUGUUUCUCUGAUAUCCUUGGUGGUUCUUUCUUACGACCGCUACAGCACAUUGACUGUGUACCAUAAACGUGUUCCAGACUACCGCAAGCCUCUGCUGGCAGUAGGAGGCUCCUGGCUGUACUCUCUGAUCUGGACAGUGCCUCCUCUUCUGGGCUGGAGCAGCUAUGGACUGGAGGGUGCCGGAACCAGCUGCUCUGUUUCAUGGACCCAGCAGACGGCCGAGUCUCAUGCCUACAUCAUCUGUCUGUUUGUAUUCUGCCUGGGACUACCGGUGGUUGUCAUGGUCUACUGCUAUGGGAGACUGCUGUACGCCGUCAAACAGGUAGGGAAGAUACGCAAGACGGCUGCACGGAAACGGGAAUACCAUGUGUUGUUCAUGGUUAUCACCACUGUGGUGUGUUACCUUUUGUGCUGGAUGCCGUACGGCGUCGUGGCCAUGAUGGCCACAUUUGGCCGACCGGGAAUCAUCUCACCUGUGGCCAGUGUGGUUCCCUCUCUCCUCGCCAAGAGCAGCACGGUCAUCAACCCUCUCAUAUACAUCCUCAUGAACAAACAGUUCUACAGGUGUUUCCGCAUCUUGUUCUGCUGUCAGGGAAGUUUGCUACAGAACGGUCACUCCUCCAUGCCUUCCAAGACCACCGUCAUCCAGCUGAACCGCAGGGUCAACAGUAACGCUGUAGCCUGCACCGCUCAGAUCUCCACCGGGAUUCACAACCAUGACUGCAGCACUCAUGCCACAGAGAGGAGCAACCCUCCAGAGGUCAUUCCAUAAUCGACAUUUAAGAAAACUGACCCAGGCUGAAUGCAAGCAUCCAGUCUCUGUUUUGUCUUGUUCUUGUUCAGCUUUUAUACUCCCAUUCACUCUCUAGGAUUUAGAUUUUCCGUGCCUCUUUUACAGCCUCAUAUAAGUGUUUAUAUAUUGUCCUGGAAGGGGAAAAAACGGCUUAUUUUUGAAUAAUUUUGACACCUUAACCCUUUCAUGUGUACGAUCAAACCAGUGUGAUCAGCCUUGGCUGGUCCUUGAAGCAUACGAUCACACCGGUGUGAUUAGAAUGUUCAGAGCAUACACCAUCAACUCCUAAAAAUUCUAAUCUGACAGCAUCCCCCCGGGGCACAGGAAGAGGUGCGGAGUGCUUGUCAUAAAUCACAAUUUAUUCGUGCUUUUAAAAAAACUAACAUUUAUUUUAGGUUUCAGACAUUCAAAUACACACAACUACACGCAAAACAAACCAUUUAAGGUUUGUAAAAUACACCUGCAUGUCUAUGGAGAGGACAAUGAUAAUUAUUUUUCAAUAUAACUGGAUGAUGUGCAUUAUUUACGUAAGAUACACAAUGUUUACUAGAAUAUUUUCCAAUUCCUCUCCGAGAUAAACAGCGGCUUACUUUCAUGUAUUUCAGAAGUAAAUUAUGAAUAAACAUGAUGUAAAUCCAUCAGCUCGGAUCUCUCAUGAAGUUGUUGCAAGAAGUGAUACAGCUGCAAUCGGAAGUUAACGAGAAAUGUUUAUAUUGUUUAUUAAAUUACGAAUUAAUUGUAUUUUAUUAGCAUCUACCACUACCUCAACCCUAAACCCAACCCUCACGGUAAUGUAAAAAUGUUAUUUAAUGUAGUACAGUCUUACAAAAAUUAUGCUAUAUCAAAUUGAGUGUCUUCAGCUGUAUCCCAUCUACACUUUACCCUUUCCUGCAGCGCAGACUAAAC